UGGCUCCAACAUUAUCAGCUGAUCCUGACUGCAGCGCUGCUGAUUACCUUACUUAAUGGCAGGUGUAGCAGCCCUGAUGUUUCACUGUUGCGCUGCUCAGUGUUCUGCGUCCGACUUCCAGCGAGUGUAAUUAUGGCAGCAUUUAACAGACCACUUCCAGCCCAUUCAGAACGUGAUGGAAGGAACCCAAACCUUCAUUCUAACGGUGGCAUGGCAUCCUCUGUGCAGCAGGAUCCAAGUCCCCAUGGUGCUGCUCAGGACCCAGGAUUUCGUUCACUUUUCCAGCAUCCCAUCUUUGGCCGGCCUGUCAUGUACUUUCAUCCACCCCCACCUCCCCCUUUACUUCAUUACCAGUGGCCCACACCCUUCUCCUAUAACCCCUUUGCAGGCUUCCCAAGCAUGGGCUAUGGUACGGUUGUACCUCCUCCACCGUUCCCCCCCGCCCCUUAUAUGGACAUGCCAGGAUAUUUUCUACCUCACCCUCCUGUUCCACCAGUUGACUACAGGCGUUUGCACCACCCUCAGGCCCACACUCAAGGUGCAACCAAUCAAAACCCUUACCAGAUGUCCAGAAUCCCCCCAAAUCAUUGUAUCCCUGGAAGAGAAACUGUGAAUUCUGAAGUUCAAACUGAGUCAGCACCAAGGAGCAUACAUGGGUAUGAUGUGGGCUCAGAGUCUGGGAGAGGAACAUUUUCAAGCCCUCCAUGCUCCCCAGCCUUAAGUUCCCCAAAACAAACCUUAACGGAGUUGAUAAACUGUAAGUUGCCCUGCAGAGAAGACAAAGAAUUGAACAUCAAUGAGCCGUGCACAAAUGCCACAGUCAAAUCCGGCUCUCAGAAACGCCCUAUAGGAUCAAAGGCUGUUGAAUCUUGUGGAAGCACCGGGGAAGACUCGGUCAUGAAGAAAGCCUUACCUGACCAGGAGCCUGUCCCUGACUCUCUUUUUAAAGAUGGCACAGACACAUUGUGGUUGAGUUCUCCAGAUGGCGUAGCUCCUGUGUCUUGCUCUUCUCAAAACAAUGACGUGGUCCUUAAAGAAAGACGUGUCUCUGCUCCUGGUGUUCUGAUGAACAGGGGCGGUGGAACACCACAAACUUCACUGCUGGAAAAAGAUGUGGAGUUGUCCCGGAACGGUGAUCAGCUGUCUCAUAAGCAUGAGGUUCAGCCUGAAAAGCCUUCAUCUCUUAGUUCCACUGAGACAAACACUGGUUCUGUUGUAGGAGUCAGCACUGCUACUACUGAGGGUAUGCAAAGUCUGAAAGGAAGUGAAGUUCUAUUCAGGAUCCUUCGACUCCCUUAUCCCAUGAUUGACACCCUCCUGGAGUGUAGUACUCAUGAGGAACCAACAGAGGCAAGUUUUUCGGAAAGGCCCUCAUUAAGUUUCAGAGAUAAAGUGCAAUAUUGGCAAAAUUCUUCCCAGAACAACACAGCUGAGUGGCAAGAAAACCACUCUGGGAGAUAUCUGCACGAGAUCUCCGAUGUUGCACCUCAUAUGUCUGAUAGUAGCUGUCAGGCAAAUAGAAAUUUUAAUGAGUCCUUUUGGUCUGUGGAAUCUCUGCCCCCCUUUAUCCCUUCCAGAGAGUGGCUGUUAGAAAAUGGCCUGUUGGGACCUAAAGUCAAUGAAGUGAUGGAGGAAGCUAAACAUGUUGAAGACUCAAACAAAAAUGACACGAUGGUUGAUCAAAAAAGGAAGAGUUGUGGCUUGUUGUCCUGUGUCUCCAGUGUUCAAAUGUCAGAAAGUUGUCUCUGUUCCGGUAUCCAACAAGAAGAGCAGAGUCCUGUGAAUGAGACGGGAACAGAAAUUGAAAAGGUAGAGUCUGACCCUGUGGAGGCAGAACAAAGUCAAAGCAUGCUUCCCUCAGAAGAGAAUGUCUUGUCAUCUUGUGCCUCGCCAGAUAAAGCCAUAUCUACUCCUUCUGAAAGGGAUGAGAAUGAAAACAGGUCUUCUGAACAUGAUUCUAGUCACAGUCCGAACCAGAAAUCCUUCUGUUUAAAUGAGCUGCAGCAGACAAGUCUUUCCUCCUCUGAAGAAAAAAUGUCCCUUAGCUCUGCAGCAGAGGAAAUUCCCUCAUCAGCCGUCCAACUGAAUGGGGUGGACACCGAGGAUGACGGCGCUCCAGCUAAGACUGAAGUGUCCCCAUCAAAGGGAACUUUAGUGGACUUUGGUGUCCAAUGUAAUGCAUUCCAUGAGCAAAAGUGUUUAUGUGAGGGGCAGAAUAAGAACACUGAAACACAUAGAAGACUUCAUUUUAAAUCCUCAGAUAUGAAGAAGAAAAUUUAUGGCAGAAAUGGACAUAUGCAGAAAAGGAAGAAUGGUCAGUGGAGAAGCACAGGUCAAGAAUGGCAGUUUAACUAACAGAAAGCUCAUAGUGGAUACUGUAGAGGAGGGAAAUCAAAAGGUGGGAGAAACCCCCAAUAUUAAUGACCAGCCUCAAGAGAACAGUGGGUUUUGAAAACAGCCUGUUUUUAAACUUGAAAUGGCUUUUUAUCUGUUUUGAAUGUGUGUUUUGUAUACAUUAAGUAAAUAAAGUUUAAAAU